UGUGUAAAUAGAUUGGUUAGAUUUUUUUAGUAGAGAACGUUGUUAAGUUAGAACUAAUUUAUUUGGAACAGUUUAUCGUAUUUGUCGUACAUUUGAAGUUAACAAAAAAUCAAAAGUUUUAAAUAUGCUUGGUGAGAAAUUUUAUUCUCGGAGAUCAACGGUUCUUGCGAGGCAUGCAGCUGUUGCAACUAGUAACCCUAUUGCUAGCGAAGUUGGUUUAAGUUUGUUAAAGAAUGGAGCCAAUGCUGCUGAAGCUGCCGUUGGUAUUGCCGCUGUUUUAAGUUUAGUUGACCCAGGAAUGACUGGGCUUGGUGGAGAUUGUUUUGUGUUAUUUUAUGAUAACAAACUAAAAACGGUGAAGGGAAUAAAUGGAAGUGGAAGAUCUCCAAAAAAAUUAACUAUAGACAUGCUUUCUGAACAAGGAAUAUCCGUAGAAAAAGCCUUUAAAAAAAUUCCUCGUUCUUCAGCGUUUUCAGUAAUGGUUCCAGGUGCCGCAGCUGCUUGGAUUGACUGUGUGGAAAAAUUUGGAUCUGGAAAGAAAUCAUUCGAAGAUAUAUUUAGUCCAGCAAUUCAACUAGCCGAAAACGGAUUUUUUCUGCACGAAGUUACUGCUACUUUAAACCAGCAAAAUUACUUACACCUAAAAACAAAUGAUACUUCCUAUGGAAGUGAUUUAUUAGUCAAUGGAAAACCUCCUACAACAGGUCAAAUUGUUCGAAAUCAAAAGUUUGCUAAAGUACUAAAGGAUUUAGCAAUAAAUGGAAAAGAAGGUUUUUAUAAAGGAAGAAUUGCCGAAGAAAUCGUAAAAACUGUUCAAGGAAAUGGCGGCUGCUUAACAAUGGAAGAUAUGGAAUCCCAUUGUAGCACUUUUGAUGAACCAAUAUUUACUGACUACAGAGGUUUUAGAGUAUGGGAAAUGCCACCUAAUGGUCAGGGUGUAGUUCCGUUGAUGACUUUAAAUAUAUUAGAAGGAUACAAUAUAGAAAAAGAAAUAAGAAUGUCGUCAUCUUUAAUUCAUAAACUGAUUGAAUCAACAAACCUUGCUUUUGAAGAAGGGUUUAAAUAUAUUUCUGAUCCUUUAUUUAAACCUAAUAGCGUUGAACCAUUUUUAUCAAAGAAAAAUGCAGAAGAAAAGCGUAGAAGUAUUAAUCUGGAAAAAGCUUCUCAAAAAAUUUAUUCCCGCUCAGGCGUUAAUAGUGGAACCGAUACAGUGUACUUUUCAGUUGUUGACAACAAUGGAAACGCUUGCUCUUUCAUCAAUAGCAAUUAUUAUGUGUUUGGUAGUGGUUUAGUCCCAAAAGAUUGUGGUUUCGCUCUUCAGAAUAGAGCAUCAAAUUUUUCGCUAUGUAAAAGCCAUGGAAACUGUGUUGGUCCUAGAAAAAGAAGUUAUCAUACAAUUAUUCCAGCAAUGGUAACUCAUUCUUCAAACAAUGACUUAUUUGCAUGCUUUGGAGUUACAGGUGGUUUUAUGCAACCACAAGGUCACGUGCAGGUUUUGUUAAACCUUAUUGAUUUUGGUAUGUCGCCUCAAAACGCCCUCUGUCAUCCUCGAUGCUAUGUAAAACAUUACAACAUUAAACCUCAUACAGUAUAUCUAGAAGAAGGAAUUCCAGAAAAAGUUUUCAAUGAACUAAAGGCUCUCGGUCAUAACGUUGUAAAUGUUUCAGAGUUUAAUCGUUUAAUGUUUGGACAAGGUCAAGUUAUUCAGGUUCGUCAUGACGAGCAAGGUAAUCGAGUCCUAUGGUGCGGUUCAGAGAGCAGAGCUGAUGGAUGUGCACUAGGUUAUUGAAUACUUCUUAAACUUAUUUUAACAAUGUACAAAUUUUUUUCUUUGAAUCACAUAAAAUUUUAAUUA